AUGAGUAGCCACGCCUACCCGCAAGCUCCACCACUCCCGAGUCCAACCGCUGGUCUCCAGACCCUUCCUAGUGGUAGCAGCGGUAAUGACUUUCGAGGCUCUGGCGUAACACCACCUGUAACGCAUAAACGAUCUUAUCAGGCGUGUAUCCCUUGUCGUCGUAGGAAGGUCCGUUGUGACCUAGGAAGCGUUGAGGCACCUCAUAGCCCUCCAUGCGUUCGAUGCCGACGGGAAAGUAAAGAGUGCUUCUUUUCGGCUACCCGGCGGAGGGGCCCUGGCGAACUAACGGGCUCUGGUGAUGAUGAUGGGCCGAGUCGGAAGAGGUUGAAGGAGGAUACCACCAAGAGGACUGUCGUUGGUCCUCCUGUCCUACCCACGACUCUACCCACGAAACCAGGCCAUUCAAGGUCUCAAAGUGUAUCAGCAUCGAGUGCAGGAGAGUUUGUAUCGCGACCUCGUCAAAGGCCGAAUGGUAGAAAUAGCCUCCCCGAGCCGGGUGAUUACUUUGAAGGCCAACAAGAUGGCGAUAGGGAUAUCGAUCCCACUCUAGCCGCUCAGUCCUUCACAGAGACGGCUCAAGCCGCCACAAACUCUGCCUCUACUCUUCUAAAUACUGAGAUCUAUAAUACGCCAGAUGCACUAGCCCUUCUUUUCGAAGCCGUCGGCAGGUCGUCCCAUAUUUCACCUAUCAAUCAUCCCUCUACAUCGGCGACUUCAAGCGUACCCAGGCGAAGUUUUGAUCGUAAGAAUUCCUCUCCAUCCGCUGCAACAGCUUGUUCUCCAACUAUUGCAGAGCCUGGGAACAUGCGCCCUCCCCCACCCAAGAGUAGUACAUCGUCGUGUGACUCGCGUGGCGUGAGGUUUCAAGAUGGAUCUGUCAGCCCAAAAGUGAACCGGAAUCACAUCAACAAUCUUUCCAUCCACUCAAAGAGGAACCGACGGCUCACGGGGAGGGAAAUGAGUCCAUCUCGCAGUCGAGUGCUUUUGGCUGAUGAAGAUGAAGUUCCAGAAUCCAUUCUUGACCCUGCCUUAAUCAACCAUAUCGAGGAUUCUGAGGAGGAAGAAAGCCCAUUAGCAGAAACUGGCGUAGAAAAUGGCCCCAUCGCCGACCCGAAGUCGCCGACGUCGCCUACAUCAGCCCACCCGAGUACUUCCUCAUCGAAGACUAAGGACGAUGACCCAUUCAAGAUGUACCCCGAGGACGCGAUUGCUGUGUCCCUCAAAGCCUGGGCCAAGUAUCGGUUUGUUAUUGCAGGGUGGUUCACGCCACAAGAAGCCUUACUAUAUAUGACAUACUUCUAUAACCAUAUGGCGCCAAUGAGCCCGAUAUUUACUGGUUAUUAUUCUGAUCCAUCAACCCACGACGAACUAGUACAAACUGAACCAGUACUAGCAACAACUCUUUUGACAUUGGCUUCUCGGUACUGUCUUCUUCCCGGGGCAGGUGGACUUUCAAGAUCAUAUGCUAUCCAUGAUAAGCUCUGGAGAAACCUUCAAAGCUUGUUUCAAAGAUUAAUGUGGGGGAGCGAGAAGCGGAUGAGGACCAUGGGAACUGUACUCGCCCUUGUCGCGCUAACCGAGUGGCACUGCAGAGGGUUGCAUUUCCCCGGAGAGGAUGAUGGAGAAUACGCAGGACUUGGUGGUUUCGGUUUGCCCGAGGAUAAACCGGAACGGGAUGACGAUGGCGAAUCUAGCACCGCUAACAAAUAUGUCGUCGAGGGACUUGGGGAUAGUAUUGGCAAUCUUCUUGAACCAGCUUACAGAAGCGACCGCAUGAGCUGGAUGCUACUUGGAAAUUCACUCGCGCUAGCCUAUGAGCUUGGGGUUUUCGACGAAAACGAUGAGGAUAACGCAAACCGCCCGAUCGGUGGCGUUGAAAACAAUCACCCUUCUGCUUCCAAACUUGUCGCGAAGCCAAGCACCGCAACAGUUCAAAGGAUCCUAGUGAUAUCUGUUAUGCAUCUUGCUAGUCGACUUGGCUGGACAAGCAUGAUCCCACGCCAUAUAUCCGUUACGGUAUUGUUCAGGGGGAAACAGCGUUCUCCAUUCCUACAGCAACAGCUUCAAAACGGCGCUCCCGAACCAGUUGACGCAGAUGAACCCCCUUCGUUAACAGCAACGCCUGUGCAAGAUCUCGUGCUUCAAUCGUGGGUAGAGCUGACUUCCCUUAUGAAGUCUGCCUCGGAGCUUCUCUUCCCGUCCCGAAAGGCGACCAAGAUGGUUCUACGAACAGGCCGGUAUACCCAACUCCUCGAGCAUUUCCAACCGCUACUUAGGGCAUGGAGACGGGAGUUCGACAAUCUGACUAUUGAAGAGCCCAUGCGAUCAAUUAUGAGGGUCGAAUUUGAAUACCUUAGGCUGUAUGUCAAUAGUUUAGCGCUGCAGGCGGUUGUGGAUAGGUGUACAAACACCAACCUCAACCCAAAUCACCUUAAUGGGAGCUCAAAGAAAAGCAAGGAAGGGGCAACGCCAAUAGACUUAAACGGAAAUCCCACAAUCACCCCUGCAACCUUCUUAGCCCCCCCUCCAGUCAUGGCUUCUAAUCCUGGUUAUGCAACCCUUAUGCAGAUAUGUGCGGGAGACGAGGAAUAUAUCAAGGAAGUAGUUGACGCCUCUCGCUGCCUUCUUCUAACGGUCAUCCGAAAGCUUCUUCCAGGAGGCUGGUUGAAACAUGCACCGGUCCGAACAUAUCUCCGAAUCGCAUCAGCCGCUAUGUACCUUCUGAAAACCUUCGCGCUUGGUGCACGAGAAGACGAUAUCAAAGUAUCAUUGAAACUCAUGGACCAAACUGUAUACGCCCUCCGUGCUGCCAGCUGUGACGACGUUCACCUUGCCCUUCGGUUCGGUGACCUCCUUGAAACGCUCACCUCUAGGAUCAGAGCAAGAUUUAUCCGAAUGAAUCAGAGCGGGAAGGACACUCCGAAUAAGCUUAAUCAUGGGGAAGGUGCAAACGCAGACCAACCAAUGCCGGAUGCCGCAACAGUUAACACGACCAACGGCGUCAACGAUCUAGACAACCUAGGUAUGCCACAUCCACACAUCGUCUAUGGGAACAGCAUCUACCCAAACGACCAGCAGAAUUACCAAAAUGGGUUCAACGGGAAUACAGUUCCUCAACAGUUCCCGACAUAUUCGAAUGUCUUCCCGACCUCAUUUCAUGCUAUGGGUGAUACUGGUAACUUUACCAAUUUGGCGAAUAUGUACGGUAUUGGAGAUAAUGAAAUGGAUGGAUUGUUUGGAAAUAACAAUACCAGUGGGGAUGAUUGGUUGACACUACCAAUUGAGCCCCUUCUCGGUUAUGGGGCUGGGGUAAGUAAUGGAUUGAUGGGUCCGGAUGUCGGAGGGCAGGAUCUGCUUGAGCUGCUACUCGCUGAGGAAAGCUAA